AGAUUGCACAAGUCUGACAAGUUGUUGACAAAAUGAGGGUUUAUUAGUCUAUUCUACAUCGGCAAACACCAUCACAAUGCCUGUCAAAUGUAACCUCUGUGAUUCUGGAGCUAUUUUGAAGCGACCAAAAACAGGGGAUGCCUUGUGUAAGAACUGUUUUUACUUUGCCUUUGAAGAGGAGGUACAUAAAACCAUCACAGAUGCCAAUCUCUUUGUUAGAGGGGAAACGGUAGCCAUUGGAGCCUCAGGCGGAAAAGAUUCCACUGUGCUGGCUUACGUCCUUAAGGUCCUGAACCAGAGGUACGACUACGGUGUUAACCUGGUACUGCUGUCCGUGGACGAGGGGAUCACCGGGUACAGGGAUGAUUCCCUAGAGACGGUUAAGAGGAAUCAGCAGCAGUAUGAGCUGCCCCUAAAGAUUGUGUCGUAUGAGGAGCUGUAUGGAUGGACCAUGGACGCCAUUGUCAAACAGAUCGGUCUGAAAAAUAACUGUACUUUCUGCGGAGUGUUCAGGCGCCAGGCUUUGGAUAGAGGAGCCCUUCUGAUGAAAGUGGACAGGAUAGUAACAGGACACAAUGCAGAUGACAUAGCUGAGACUGUGAUAAUGAAUGUGCUGAGAGGUGAUAUAGGAAGAUUACAGAGGUGUACAGCAAUCACCACGGGUAAUGAGGGUGCCCUCCCCAGAAGUAAACCAUUCAAGUAUACUUACGAGAAAGAGAUUGUCAUGUAUGCCUACUUUAAGAAGCUGGAUUACUUCUCCACCGAAUGUAUAUAUUCACCCAAUGCUUAUAGGGGAUUUGCUAGGGCUUACAUAAAAGACUUGGAAAAAAUCCGACCUAGGGCAAUAAUUGAUAUCAUUCACUCUGGGGAGAGUUUAUCAGUGAAGAAAGCAGUGAAGCUACCAGUACAAGGUACUUGUGAGAGGUGUGGCUAUAUCUCCAGUAAUCCCCUGUGUAAGGCCUGUAUUCUAUUGGAGGGACUCAACAGAGGACUGCCAAGACUUGGAAUUGGGAAAAGUCACAAAGAGAGACGCAAGCUGAAUGAAAUGUUGGCCCAGAAGUCGGAAGCUACUGACAGUGGAACAAAUUCAGAAACUUCAAAAGAGACAACUGAUGAUGCAUCAGGAACACUAGGAACAGAGAGCUCAGGAUCACCAAACACAAAACAAAAAUGUGAAAACUGUACGUGUGGUAGUGGUUGUUUGUCAGACAAACUAGAGAAAGUACAGCUGGACAGAAGAAAAAUAGACCCAGCUAUGAUAGAUUUCUGAUAUAUCUUACUAUAAGAUGAACUGAAAUGCAAUUGAUGUUUUUCUUGCUUCAAAUACCAAAAAAGCCCGAAAGAUGACUGUAAUACAUGUUCAUACAAAUUAUAGUAAAUUGAUUUUCAUUCCUUUGACUGUAAAAUACAUGAUUGAAAACUUAAAGGAUAUACUAAAUUAAGUUUAUAGAAUCAUGUAACAAAAGAAAUUGUACAUCCCUGGCUCUAUGUUAUAGGCAUGUUUUUCGGUAUUUCUAUUCAUAUUUCUAGCCAAUGAAAAAUUUAAAACUACAAAUUAGGAUUAAAUGUAGGAAAUCAAAUUCAUUAAACACUGCAUUUGAAAAUCUUUUAUAGCCAUUGAGAGAGACAUAUGAUGUCAUAUUGCUUAAUAUAAUAAUUAAUUAUUUUGGUUGUAAAAUUUACAUAUUUUGAUAAAUAUUUCGCAAUUUUGCAAAAUCAUCUGUUAGGAUUUCUUUCUGAAAGACACGACUGUAUUUAUUAUCACCAGAUAUAAUAAAAUGUAAUUAUUAAAGGCAUUUUCAUAACUUUGUGGUGUUGAAAUCAAAUAAAUAACUAUAAAUCAACAGUUUAAUUAGAUUAAACAUCCUCCAAAUGCAGUUUCUGCUUUGAGCAUAGGCAACUUAAGGAACAGAUUUAUUUUAUUUUUUGUUGCUAUUUUUACUUUCUAUUUCAUUUUUAUCCCCGUCAAUUCAUGUAUGCAUUUUGGACAGUUUUGGAGAGAAAAUUGUAUCAUUUUGAGUGAUAUUUUCUUUUCUCAAAAUUAUUUGUUUAUGUUUGAUUGACCUAU